GCGCUGCCGGUGCGGGGCGGCCCGGGGGGGCGGCGGGGGGACACCGGGCCGCAGCGGGGGGGACACCGGCACCGAGCGGGACCCGCCGCCUCCCCCCCUCCACCCGCGGGCGGCGCCAGGCCAAGUCCUGCGCCCCCCACCCUCCACCGCCGUCCCGCAACUUGGCUGCGGGGGCCGGGCCGCGGCGGGGCUGGAGGGGGGGGCGGUGGCGGCUUCCCCCCCCCUCCGCCCGCGGCCGCCCGGGGAGUUGGGGGCCGGGGGUGGCUGCGAGACGGGGGGGCCCGGCCGCAGGGCCCGGGGCGCCGGGGAGAGCUCCGCCCCGCCGCGCUGCCCGGGGGGGCCGGGCCGGCUCCGUGCGGAGCGGGGACCCCCCCACCCCCCUCCUCCUUCUCCUCCUCCCGCCCCGGGCCUCCAUUUUAGCCCGGGGAAACGAAGCUGGGCCCGGGGGGCUUCUAGAAGGAUCCGGGGGUGGCAGCCCCCCGCACCCCCGGCCCGCAGGCCGGGCCCCGUCCCUCCGGCCGGCCCGGGGCGGGAUGGGCGGGGGCGGGGGGGGGGGGGGGCGUUACGGAGGAGCCGGGGUCGCGGCCCCCUCUGCUGACAGCUCUUUCUUUCCCCAGGUCCCGGAUAUUUAUUUUCCCAUCUCCUCAAAUAAAUAAAUAAGAAACUUGCCGAGCUGCCAGGCGCCGGGGGAGGCUGGAAGGAUCCCGAGGCCCUUCCCUGUGCCGACCGCUUGGACCGCAGGUGGCGAGGAUGGGCCUGGCCAAGAUGCCCAGCAAGGCUGCCCUCGGGAGAGGCAGUGGGAGGCAGCGGAGCUGGCCUCGGCACCGGGAGAGGCUGGACUUCCCGUCUCUCUGUGCUGAAUGGCUGCGAUGGCGCCCGCUCUCACUGACGCAGCAGCUGAAGCUCACCACAUCCGAUUCAAGCUGGCUCCCCCGUCCUCCACCUUGUCGCCUGGCAGUGCCGAGAGCAACGGCAACGCCAACAACAUCCUCCUGGCCGCCAACGGCACCAAAAGGAAAGCCAUUGCUCCGGAGGAUCCCAGUUUAGAUUUCCGAAACAACCCUACGAAGGAAGAGCUGGGCAAGCUGCAGCCGCUAGUGGCCUCUUAUCUCUGCUCGGAUGUAACAUCUGUUCCUUCAAAAGAGCCUCUGAAGCUGCAAGGAGUCUUCAACAAGCAGACAGUCCUUAAAUCUCACUCUCUCUUAUCUCAGUCCUUCUUGAAAACAAGUGAUCUGUUGGGGAGGCAACCGGUGUUGGAAUUCACUUUGGAGAAUCUAAAAACAAUGAGUACUAAUAGCCAGCCACCUCUCCCGCAAGCGCCUGUAAAUGGCUUGGCCAAGAAAUUGGCCAAAAGUACCAAUUCAGACCAUGAAAACUCUAGUUCUCUGAAUGGUGGGAAGUGUGCUCCUCCUCCUGCUGCCCUCCAGGGUGUUGACUAUAACGCAGGAGGUUCUGAAUUGGGGGACUUGAAGACCGGGUUGACCAAUUGCACUCUUCCACACAGAAGCCUUGAUGCAGAGCACACAACUCCAUUUAGCAAUAAUAGCACUGCAAACAAAUCUUCCCUUAAUUCCACGGAGCAGCAGCGGGUGCUGGAGGGUGGCGGUGGAGAGACUAGGUUGCCCGGUGUUGCCAGUCACUCUGACUUUGGGAGCAGUAAGUUGGAGGAGCAGAAACCUUCUCUGUUGGCCGGUCACCACAGUGCUCUCGACUCGGAGAUGAGGACGAGGGCAUUGCUGCGACGGCAGGCAGACAUUGAGAACCGUGCCCGCAGGCUGCAGAAACGCUUGCAGGUGGUGCAGGCAAAGCAGGUGGAGAGGCACAUCCAGCAGCAGUUGGGUGGCUUCUUGGAGAAAACUCUGAGCAAGCUUCCAACUUUGGACCCCCUGAGGCAUCGGAGCCAGCUGAUGUUGACCAGGAAAGCAGAAGCAGCCCUGAGGAAAGCUGCGAGUGAGACAGUUACUUCAGAAGGCUUAAGCAGCUUCUUGAAGAGCGAUUCAAUAUCGGAAGAACUGGAGAGAUUCACGGCCAGUGGUAUGGCCAACUUGAGAUCCAGCGAACAGGCGUUUGACUCGGAUGUGACUGACAGCAGCUCGGGAGGAGAGUCUGACGUUGAAGAAGAGGAACUGACCAAAGCAGACCCAGAACAACCCCACGUACCACUGAGGCGAAGGGCAGAGUGGAGAUGGGCAGCAGACCGUGCAGCCAUCGUCAGUCGCUGGAAUUGGCUCCAAGCCCACGUCUCAGACCUGGAAUACCGAAUCCGGCAGCAAACGGACAUUUACAAGCAGAUUAGAGCCAAUAAGGGGCUGAUAGUUCUUGGUGAAGCAUCAACCCCUGAUCCUGCUGUAGAUGAUGCAUCCCGUCCCGUUAGUGCUGAAGUUAAGCUGGAGCCUGGGGCUGACCGGCUGAGUGUUUGUGGAUCCCAGCCACUAGAGAACUUGGGUAUUUCUCCUGCAAAUACUCCUGAAUCCUAUCCUGCCAAGCCCUGUGGAGCACCAAGACCCGUCAAUGGAGUUAUUAACACUCUUCAGCCUGGCCUGGCAGAACAUGCUCAGGGAGAUGGCCAGGAAGCUGAGGAGCUCUUGCAUAAAAAGCAACGGCUGAACAUGGUUUCUUCAUCUUCGGAUGGAACGUGUGUAGCAGCUCGCACUCGCCCAGUACUGAGCUGUAAGAAGCGACGGCUUGUCCGACCUAGCAGCAUUAUGCCCCUAUCCAAAAAGGUCCAUCGGAAUAGCCUGGCGCGAUGUAGCUGUGACGUGAACCCUUCAUGUGCUCUGUGUGGCACCCGAAGCUCGACGACUCUGGAAAUCCAGUACGAUGCCCCUUUGCUGGAGCGCCUCUCCCAGCUGGACUCCUGUAUUCAUCCUGUCCUGUCAUUCCCAGAUGAUGUGCCGACGAGCCUGCACUUCCAGAGCAUGUUGAAAUCUCAGUGGCAGAACAAACCCUACGAGAAAAUUAAACCUCCCAAAAAGCUGUCGCUCAAGCACAGAGCCCCCAUGCCUACCAGCAGCCUGUCUGACCCUGCUCGCAAGGACCGCCACAAGCUGGUCAAUUCGUUCUUCACUGCAGCCAAGCGCUCACAUCAAAAAAUCCAACCAGACAAGGCACACAGGCCACCUUUAGACGAUUUUACGGCCGUGUCCAAGGCCGAGAGAGCGCCAGAGCGCUCGCUUGUCCAGCCUCCUGCCUAUGACAAAAAGCGAUUGCGAGACAGCUCAUCUGAGAGGAGUGAAGUGUUGAAGCAUCACACGGACGUCGGUGGCCCAAGCUACUUGUCAGCAGCUGCGACCCCCACACCUCACAGCCCCAUUGCGCGGCAACUGUCCACCUCCUCGGAAGGCUCCGCUCCUGCCAGCACGAGUUCACAGGGCACCUCCAGCACGGCCCAGCCAAGGAGGAGGAGAGGCGAAAGUUCAUUUGAUAUUAACAACAUUGUCAUCCCGAUGUCCGUCGCUGCAACGACUCGUGUGGAGAAACUGCAGUACAAAGAGAUCCUCACACCCAGCUGGCGUGAAGUGGAUAUCAGCGCUCUGAAAGCGAACCCUGAUGAAGACAGUGAGGAGAUCGAGGACUUGUCUGAUUCGGCCUUCACUGCUCGCCACGGCAAGUGUGAAGAGAUGGAGCGAGCCCGGUGGCUCUGGAGCACGAGCGUGCCCCCGCAGCGGCGGGGCAGCAGGUCUUACAGAUCGACGGACGGACGGACGACCCCCCAGCUGGGGAACCCCUCGACUCCCCAACCGGCAUCCCCUGACGUGGGCAGCUGCCAUUCCCACUCGGAGCUGACCCACACCCACUCUCCGCGCAGCCCCAUCAGCCCCGAACUGCUCUCUGCCCCCCUCACCCCCCUCUCCCGCGACUCCAUGCGGCUCCUGUCCAGCGAGGACACCCGUUGCUCCACGCCCGAGGCCGGCCUUGACGAGCAGGCUGUGCAGCCCUGGGAGCGACGCACCUUCCCGCUCUCGUACGAUCCCAGGACAGAGUGCGAGGACCAAUCUGACCCCCAGGACCGGUCGUCGCGCUGCACCCGGCGCACGUCGGGCAGUAAAUCCUCCCGGGAGACCGAUGGCACUUCUGCUUUGCCCAACCUGGCCAGCCUCAAGAGCCGAACCCCCCUGGUGACACCCUCUUCCUCCUCCUCCUCCUCCUCCUCCUCCUCUUCCUCCUCCUCCUCCUCCUCCUCCUCCGCAGCAGUUCAGCGGCCAGCGCACAGAUAGAGACAUACGGGAAGACAUGAGCAAAACCAACACACAGAACUAACUCUUGGCAUUAAAGCUUCCAAAAUCUGCGUUUGAUAUUCAAACAUCCUGCCGGGAAUUUUCACAGUUUUUAGUGAAUUUAAGGAGUUUAGAAACUGUUUUUUUGUUUUCUUUUCUUUUUCUUUUUUUUUUUCUUUUUCGUUUUCUUUUUUUUUUUCUUUUUUUUUUUUUUUUCUUUUUUCUUCUCCAUGUCUCCUUGUCACAUGAAUGAGAGCCCCCGGAUUCCUCCCAGCGGAGUGAAGCCUCGGGAGGGGAGCAGCCCACCAGACCCCCCCUCCCUCUUUCCUCCCCUCCCUUCUUAGGUGUAUAAAACUAGAGCACAGGAUUUAGCUGACUAGCAGACUUCGGGGAUAGUUUUUCUCAAGCAAAAGGGUGUCUUUUUCUCUUAACCCGCUCCCCCCACCCCCCCCACCCCCCGCUCCCCCCUCCCUGAAAGGUUUUAGUGGAGUGAAAUUAGUGGUGAAAAGUGAUGUCUUGGGAUUGCAGCCUUCACUACCUGUCUGUCUGUCCCCACCUGCACCUCCGCCCUCCGGCGGUUUUCUCCCCUGGGGUGUGCAGUUCCAGGUAUCCCGAGGGGUGACUGUGCCCCCCGCCAUGUCCCCCCCGCCCCGAUCUCCGCUCUGCCCCCGGGACCACUCGUCGCCUCCUCCUUCCUUCUCCCCGGGUUUGGGAGCAGCCGUUGGCGGUGCCGGGGGGGCAGGGGGGGUGGAAAGGAAGGACCCCUUCAGCUGCUUCACGCACAGCUCUGCCCGGGGUGUGCGGGGUUCACCCCGGCGUCUUCCCGCGGGGCCGAAGGCAGGGAGGGGACGGUCCCCGGCCCCGUGCGGUGGGAUGCGCGGAGCAGGAGAAGUCACGACGCCCUUUGGGGACACGGCUGUUGGCCGAGGCCAGCGGCAGCUUUUCCAGCUGGGAAACGUGGCGUCCGCCACCGCCGCUGGAGCUCUGCCCUCGCCCCUGUGUCCCCCCCGCAAAGGGCUGGGACGUCGGGGCGAGGGCGGCUCUGGGCCGCAGCACCCGGGGGCAGAGGGAGCGUCCCAUGGCGGGAGCGGGACGUGGCAGGGCCAAGGCGGGUCCUGGUGGGUGGGUUUGGGGUGAGAAAAGGGAACAUAAGAGAGGGAAGGAGGCGCUGGGGGGGACGGGGAUCUGUCACCGCUGCUUCGCUCCACUCCCACACCCGCUCCGAGAACUGGUGUCGAUUCUGUUUCAUUUCCCGGGCGUUGGUCCGACCUGCCGCCUCCUGACAGGUAUUUUAUUUUAAAAACCGAGUUCGCUGUUGUUCCUCCUUCCCGCCCCCCCACUCCCCGACCCCCAACUCCUCCUCGGCCCUUCGCACCCGCAGUGACUCCCGGAUCCCGCGCACCGUUCCCACCUGUAACGCUUUCCCAUCCCGACGGUGUGGCUAUCGGUCCCUGUCCUGUCGCUAGCAUUGUGCCUGUCUUACGUAUAAUCACAUCACCGAAAAAAAAAAAAAAAAAAAAAAGAUAAAAAAAAUAAUACAAAGGACAUUUUUUUUUUUUUUUCCAUUUUGUAAUCGUAAAGAAAUAGUAGCUAAACUGCUUAAUGGUUGGGGUUUUCACAAUUUUCAACAUUAUCUAGUGGUUUUGGUUCUGUUCUAGUUUAAAGGAUUUGUCAUCGUUUCUUUAAAAAAAAACAAAAAAACAAAAAACACCAAUGCUACCAUAUCCCUCUGCAUAAGUGCUUUUCUAUUUAUAAGGUUGAAAAUUCUGAAUAACCCUUUUAGCAUUAUAAAAAAAAAAAAACACACACAAAAAAAAAAAAAACAAACCACCUUGUAUUUUGUAAAUAUUUUCUUUUCCUGCUUUGAGCUGUGUAAUGUCCUUGUUAUAUAGAAAUGCUUUUCUUCCGAGAAGCUGAUCUUUGUUAAUGUCUUGAUUCUGUUGGCAAAGCACAAAUGUGCUUAUAAAAAAAAAAAAAGAAGAAAAGAUUAAAAAAA